CUCCUUCGCUAUUGGCUGCUGCAGAGAAAGCCCAGAGUGACCCGGACAUGCAAGCGGGGCCUGUUUUCUCACUUGCAGCCUCUUCUUCCUGUAAGCCCGGUUGAGGAAGUGAAUUUCGCUGACAGGGCUGGGUUCAGUGAGGGAGAGGCGAACAAAACAUCUUAACUCACCAACAAAACAAACAAAAUAAACACACACGCAGCAAGCGACGAGAAGAAGAAGAAGAAGCAGAAGCUAAAGUCCAACCAUCAUCGGUGACAUCGUUCUCCCCGCUGCCUCGCUGAGACCGCCGCAGACAUGAGUGAUCAGCAGCUGGACUGUGCCCUGGACUUGAUGAGGCGUCUGCCUCCUCAGCAGAUCGAGAAGAACCUCAGCGACCUCAUUGACCUGGUGCCCUCUCUGUGUGAGGACCUCCUCUCUUCUGUGGACCAGCCCCUGAAGAUUUCCCGGGACAAGGUUGUGGGGAAAGACUAUCUGCUCUGUGACUACAACCGAGAUGGCGACUCCUACAGAUCCCCGUGGAGUAAUAAGUAUGAACCUCCCAUUGAAGAUGGUGCAAUGCCUUCAUCUCGCCUGAGGAAACUCGAGGUUGAGGCCAACAACGCCUUUGACCAGUACAGAGACCUGUACUUUGAGGGUGGUGUGUCCUCCGUGUACCUCUGGGACUUGGAACAUGGCUUCGCUGGAGUUAUUCUCAUCAAGAAGGCUGGGGAUGGAUCCAAAAAGAUCAAAGGGUGUUGGGACUCCAUCCAUGUGGUGGAGGUGCAGGAGAAGUCCAGCGGUCGCACUGCUCACUACAAACUCACCUCCACCGUCAUGCUGUGGCUCCAGACAAACAAAGAAGGCUCCGGUACCAUGAACCUGGGUGGCAGUCUUACAAGACAGAUGGAAAAAGAUGACACAGUUGGAGAGUCCUCACCCCACAUCGCCAACAUCGGCCGCCUUGUUGAAGAUAUGGAGAACAAGAUUCGCUCCACACUGAAUGAAAUCUACUUUGGCAAGACCAAGGACAUCGUCAACGACCUUAGGAAUGUUCAGCCUCUGCUUGACUUGUCAAAGAAGGAUGCCAUGCGGUGCGAGCUGAUGUCGGCACUCAAACUCAAACAAAACAGCUAGAGAUGCUACUGUUGUCUUUCUUUUGUCUCACUCUCUCUCACUCUCUCACUCUUUCUCUCUCUCUCUCGCCUCAUCUCUGCCAUCUUUUCUCUGUUUCUUUACGUCUCUCCCUCCAUGCCUGUUUCAGUGCUGCACUCUUGUUUAUUUGUGGAAAAACAAAAAAGGAGAAAAUGCUUAGCUUUUUAUUUGUUUUUGUUUUUUUUUUGUUCUCUGAGUUUUUGUUUUCAUGCAUCUCAUCUGCCAUGAAGCCAUUCACUCACGCUCCCUCUGUCUCUCUUCACCACUCUCCUCUCUUCCUCACCCAUAUUAUGAAUAUAAUGAUAGUAUUACCACGGUUAAUGAUAAUCUUGCGGUGUGAGGGUCAUUGUAGUAAUAAUCCCAGAUGUUCUCACAGCCGAUGUGUCCGUUUCAAAUGAACAAUCUUGGGUCCGCGCUCUUCCUCCAUGACGAGGAAACGGACACAGAUUGUGCUGUAGGUGGUGUUGGCUCGGCCGGCCUGUCAUUAUUAUGGAUAUCAAAUUUAUUUCUUGCACCUAUUUUUUUUUUUUGUUUGUUUUGGUCUAUGACACCCCUGAUAUAUUUGUAUAAAAAUUAUUACUGUCCGUGUAUAGCUGUCAUUAUUCAUGGCAAUGUAAACGGUGUGAACAUGAGGGCGGCCUUCGGUUUGUGUUUUUACUCUUUAUUCCACGUGCAUGUGAGCCCGUGUGGGAGCAUGGGGCUGCAGUGAGUGGAAAUGUAGACUUAUCAAACAUGGGGAUGGACUGUUAUAAUCACCGGGUGAUUACACCCACGUCGUCAACCCCAACUCCCCAACACUGUGUAUAACAUGACAGUUUGUCUCCCCCUCUGUUCUGCUUACUCAACUUUUCUCUCUCCUCACCUACUAGGUCUUUAUCGGCGGUCACAGUUUGUCUUUGUGUCUCGGUGGAAACCUUUGACUGUUUCCAUUUUUGGAGGGGAAUCUUUUGUUGUAUUUCUGUUUUGUUUUUAUUUUGUAAAGCUUAUGAUUCAUAUUGUAUUAGAGCCUCCAGCAACAAUAAAAACAGUAAAAAGCUUC